AUGGAUCUCAUGGAUCCCUUCACCUCCGAGCUUCUUUCUGGCCCUCCUAUCCCCGUCGCCUUAUCAGCCAGCAGCGCCGACACGACGGACAUCGACGACUACCUCCGCGCCAUCAAUGCUCUUCCGGCGCUUCGAGCCGCCGACCACUACUCCGAGGCGGCCUUGGAGGAGCCCGUACCAUCCCUGCUCCUGGAGAGCGCCGUCCCGGUCUCUGAUACCACUGAAUCCAACAACUCGGCCACGCGUCCGCUGCUCUCCGACUACGACGCCGACUUCGACUUCAACCUCCGCAAGCAGGAGAUGAACGUCGAGGAGCCGCCGUUGCCGCACUACCUGAAGACGGUGCAGGGGGAUCGGAUGAGCCCGUCGAUGCGCGCCAACCUUGUUAUCUGGAUGGAGGAGUUUACUCAGUACUACGGCCUGGCCCCCGGCACGCUUCACCGUGCCGUCUCCUACGUCGACCGCGUCCUGUCGGAAAAAACCUUGCCUACGGCUCACAUGGAGUAUGAGCUCCGUCUACUGGGCGCCACGGCCGCCUUCACCGCCGCCAAAUAUGAGGAGCGGGACACCAUAUUCAAGGUGAACGCCGCGAAAAUUGCCGACGACUGUGGGUUCGCCAACAGCAGGGAGGUGAUCGACAUGGAGUGCAAGAUGUUGGCGGCGCUCAGGUACGAGCUCAGCGGGCCAACGGCUUACACUUUUGUGGACCACUUCACCAGGUACAGUAAUGGAGAGAGCGACCUGGAGGUUCAGAAGUUGGCGCAUCUGCUCGCCGAACAAUCGCUGGUCGACUACACAUGCCUGCGGCUCAUGCCAUCGGCCGUGGCGGCGUCGGCGGUCUUUCUCGCCAGGCUGAUCUUGAACCCAAUGGCGAGCCAGGUUCGAAAGUGGAACAGGGAAUUCACGGAGCUGACAGGGUACAAGCCCAGGGACCUCAUCCUUGGCAUUGAGUCGCUGUACAUGAUGAAUCCCGAUCCUCGCUUUGCGAUCUUGUCAGCUUUUUUGCAAGAAGAACAAGAAUUGUAA